AUGCAAAGAGCCAGGCACAUUUCUUCUAGUCAAAGACUCACCCCUAGCACUUCCUCUGAAUCUUCUGAUAGCAUUUUGGUUAAUACGGCUCCUGGUAUAAAUGCAAUUCCACGUGAAGAAAACCUUCGAUACUUUGAUGCUCUUAUGACCGGUCCAAUUCAAUCACCAUUUGAAGGUGGUAUUUUCAAUUUGAAACUUUUUCAUCCCGGAGGAUAUCCAUUGUGGGAACCACCUAAAGUUCGUUUUCUAACUAAAAUAUAUCAUCCAAAUAUUAAUAAAAACGAAGAACAAAUGGACACCAGCUUUACAGUUCGUACAGUGCUUAUUUCUGUGCAAGCACUUUUAUCUUCUCCAAAUCCUGAACAACAAUUUGAUAUGGAUGUCAGACUACAUUGGAGGGAAAAUGAAACAGCAGCAAUUUCAAUCGGUAAACUUACUAAUGAACUAUUAAUAAAAUAG